GUCCCUGGAGCCCACAUGGCCCUCAGCCUGCCUCGCCUGGAUCCCUCCACUUCACUCUGGAACCUUCUCACCACAGGGACUACUAAUGAUGAUGGGCGCUGCCCAGGACUCAUCACCAGAGAAGCUUUCACUCCAGCGGUGUACAAGAUGCGCUUUGAGACGGGCCGAGUCCGGGAGAGUCUGGGAGAGACCUCUUUCUACCCAUAUGUCGAGAUAGGCUUCACCAUAACGGACCACAGUCAGAAGUUCCAUGUUCCUCUGCUCUGCAGCCGCUUCUCCUACAGUCCCUACCGGGGGAGCUAG